AUGAGCUGUCUGGAUGUUAUGUACCCGGCUUAUGGACAUUACACAGCGUACGGCCCCAGUGCUCCAGCCUUCAUCAACAGCCUACAGGUAAGACUGCUCUGUGGGACUGCUCUGUGUGGGACUGCUCUGUGGGACUGCUCUGUGUGGGACUGCUCUGUGGGACUGCUCUGUGUGGGACUGCUCUGUGGGACUGCUCUGUGUGGGACUGCUCUGUGGGACUGCUCUGUGUGGGACUGCUCUGUGUGGACUGCUCUGUGUGGGACUGCUCUGUGGGACUGCUCUGUGUGGGACUGCUCUGUGAGACCACUCUGUGUGGGACUGCUCUGUGGGACUGCUCUGUGUGGGACUGCUCUGUGGGACUGCUCUGUGGGACUGCUCUGUGUGGGACUGCUCUGUGGGACCGCUCUGUGUGGGACUGCUCUGUGCGACUGCUCUGUGUGGGACUGCUCUGUGGGACUGCUCUGUGGGACUGCUCUGUGUGGGACUGCUCUGUGGGACUGCUCUGUGGGACUGCUUUGUGUGGGACUGCUCUGUGGGACUGCUCUGUGUGGGACUGCUCUGGGACUGCUCUGUGUGGGACUGCUCUGUGUGGGACUGCUCUGUGGGUGGGACUGCUCUGUGUGGGACUGCUUUGACUGCUCUGUGUGGGACUGCUCUGUGGGACUGCUCUGUGUGACUGCUUGUGGGACUGCUCUGUGUGGGACUGCUCUGUGGGGUGGGACUGCUGCUGUGUGGGACUGCUCUGUGGACUGCUCUGUGGGGACUGCUCUGUGGGACUGCUGGGACUGCUCUGUGGGGACUGCUCUGUGGGACUGCUCUGUGGGACUGCUCUGUGGGGACUGCUCUGUGGGACUGCUCUGUGGGACUGCUGCUCUUGUGGGACUGCUCUGUGGGGACUGCUCUGUGUGGACUGCUCUGUGGAGACUGCUCUUUGUGGGACUGCUCUGUGUGGGACCGCUCUGUGGGACUGCUCUGUGGGACUGCUCUGUGGGACUGCUCUUUGUGGGACUGCUCUGUGUGGGACUGCUCUGUGGGACUGCUCUGUGGGACUGCUCUGUGGGACUGCUCUUUGUGGGACUGCCUCUGUGUGGGACUGCUCUGUGGGACUGCUCUUUGUGGGACUGCUCUGUGUGGGACCGCUCUGUGGGACUGCUCUGUGGGACUGCUCUGUGUGGGACCGCUCUGUGGGACUGCUCUGUGGGACUGCUCUGUGGGACCGCUCUGUGUGGGACUGCUCUGUGGGACUGCUCUGUGUGGGACUGCUCUGUGUGGGACUGCUCAAUUCAAUGA